AUGGCGACCACGUCGCGACGCCGUUCGUCGCACGGCCUCACCUCGUCGGGCUCUUCCACCCAGCUGGCUCGACGUGGCUCCUCCUCUAGGCUGGGUGGCGCUCGAGGUCGCCUCGAUCCGAGCCUCAUGAUGUCUUCCAAUGCCGCGCCAGCCAACGGCAGCCGCGAUCGCUCUCCUAACGAUGAUCGGAACGGCGACAACGACGACGACGAUGCAGCAGCACCAGCAGCUCAGCAAGAGGCCGCCGCGGCCCGUCGCAACAAGUCCACUGACCGUCUGCAGCGCUCCAGGGAUAGCAGCUCCCAUCUCAGCAACAAGCGCUCCAAAUCCUACACUUAUCUCGGCAUGACUGCUGGCGACGAUGGCCAUAGCAGCAGACGCCGCAAACCAGCCAGCAGAAAGGGCAAGAGUCAGAGGACGGACGACGACGGCUGGACCAGUGCCAGCGCUGAAAACACACCCAGCGAUCACAGCGCCAACGCUUCGCCAUCCAGCAGCCCCGGAGACGACGGCGGUCUCGUCUUGGGCAUCAAGAAGCGCCCAUCUAAUCUCAAGCGCAUUUCGACCAACUCCACCUUGCCUGCACCCAGCAAGGAGUCGUUCCCACAGCAGCCCAACACACCCAGGGCGAGCGCAAAGAUUCUCGAGCCUGAGAACGGUCACAUUACGCCCGAGCGUAGACCCUUUGAGGCUGCUGAGGCGGCCGGCGCUGCUCAGUCUCCGUCCUCGUCAUCCAGGUUGGUCGCGCCUCCUGCUGAGUUGACACGCGAAGAUACUUCGAGGACGUUGGUUGAUCAUCGCAGGGACGAUUCGGCCACAUUGUCCCGAACUUCGCCACAGAUUGCUGCCCUCGACCAAAGCUUGUCCUCCCUCAGACUUGAAACCUCACCGUCGUCCGAGAAGGCUGCGAAUCGAAGCGGCCCUGCACUCACGCUCGAUCCCGUCGGCCACGCGCGCCAUCACCGCGUCUCCUCCAACGCUUCGAACCGCACGCUUCGUUCCUCGGUGCCACCCGUCUCAUCGCCAUCGUCAGUGCGGUCCAAGUCGUCCGUUCUCUCCAACCGCUUCCCCCUCUUCUCUAGAGAUACGCAGGCCGCAGCGCCACCCAUGCUCGACACACACAAUGCUCUAGCCGGUCGCCUCGGGGCACGACACGAGGAUCGUGGCGAUCUCUUGGCACCCUUGGCAGGUCCGAGUCGAAGCGGUCGCAGCGUCAGCGCCAUGACGUCGAGCACCAGUGCACCCGUUGGACUCGAUCAACUGCCACACGGAUCUCUCGACAGCCGGUCUCAGACGCUGCACAAGGCCGCCUCGAGCAGGGGUUUGCAUUCCAAUGUUGCUAUGCCGUCGCCGUUGUCUACGACCACGCAGAUCGCCGCGGGCACUCUGGGGCACGGCUCGCAGCACCAGCAGCAGCGAUCCAGCAAGGACACGGCCGGCGAUCGCCGAAGGACUACCAGCACCCAAAGUCUCACUGCGGCCGAUGCGGCCAAGCUCGCCGCCAAAUUGCGCCUAGCUCGCGAUUCUAUGGAUGACCACGGGCACGGUGGAUACGGCACCGCACAACGUGGCGCGCAGGCAUACAAUCCGCUACUGGAGAAGUACAAGAAGCCGGUGGUUUCGACGUUUGUCAAGGAUGCGUCGACCGAGGCGCCCCAUGCGAUCGAGGUGCCGGCCCACUCGGUCUAUUCGAAAAUGUUCUCGCAGGCGCACGACAGUCAGGACGGCGACGGAGCUGGCCGGCGCAUGAUCCGCUACGUGAUGGGAUAUGGACUCAGUGGCCCGCCCAUCGAGAAGAGCCAUCUGUCGGAUGCCUUGCUGGGACCGAAUUUGGAUCUGGCGGACUUCGAGUCGAGCUGGGCACCUGCACUGGCGUAUGCUGCCGGACUGGGAGCAGCUGUACCGCCUCCCGUGCAGACCGAGUAUGGACUGGUGACGCCCGAAGCGGCUGCUGCUGCUGGCGGGCCCAACUCGACGCCGUUGCAUCUGAUACACGGGCUUACCACCACGUCGCCGGAUCCGUUCCCGCUGGAUCCCACGGACGUGCCGGCGCUGCAGCAAGAGGCGGAUGUGUUCGACAGCCACCCGGUGUCGCAGCUCGGUGCCAACUCGGUCCAGCUCGUGGAUCCAGGACUGAUUCGCGCGAUUGCCAUCACAACCAACGCAAUUGCCGUUCACCGUUCGCACGUGGUGACACGCCGCUACGCCGAUCCGAUGCGGGAAGGUCUGGAACGGGUGGUGCGGUCUUCGGGCCGCUACGUGCCGCCUGCCAAGACGAGUGCCAGUGUCGGUGCGAAUGCCGCCCCGAACUCACCACAGGUGGGCGGCUCAAGGUGGGGGCGCAAGACGGCACCCAACAGUCCCGUUGGAUCGCGUAUCAGCGACGGUCGCGGCGGCAACCGACCGGGAUUUCAGCGUCGCAACACGUCCGACACGUCGCAGCACUAUGUGCAGUACUCGAGCCACCAUCCGUCCGGGCUGGGGCAUCAGAGUAACAGCACGUCGUCGAACCUGGCUGGUCAGCUGUACAAUCUGGUGGAUGCAGCUGAGCAUCCGGUGCGCAGUCUCAAGCGGGUGUGGUCCGGUGGGAUUGCGAGGGGAGGGUUGGCAGCGUUGACGAGGACGGACGAGGAAUGA